AUGAGUCGCACUGGUCCGUCCAUCCCCAUCCCCCGUACUGUGCCUAUCCUCCCCCUGCACGACAAGGUGCUCCUGCCAGGAGUCGUCACCCGGAUGCAAAUCACCCGACGAGACUCCAUCCCCUUGUUCGAACAGAUUCUCCGGACCUUUGACAGUCGAGAACUCUCCAAAUGCAUCAUAGGGGUUUUCCCCGUCCGACCCCCUCCCACUUCCAUCACCACUCCUUCAACAACAGCGCCCAUUCAGCAGAGUUCGGCCGACAACAGGAGUGACACAAAAAAACCGGGUGUACUCCCUCACGGUGAGCUUAUCAUCCCCGGACCAUCGCCCCUCUUGCCCAACCCCCGCAGCAGCAAUGGCAAGGACGAGCGUGCCUUAGUCUCGUUGCGAGCUUCGAGCUCUGUGAACCCUGCCCAUAUCCAUUCGACUGGUUGUGCGGCUCGGCUUGUUCGACUUGAACGAGCCGUUGGCGGAUUCACUGUCGUUCUGGAAGGUCUUGUUCGCCUUCGCUUGAACAAGUUCACAUCCCAAUCACCCUACUUUGAGGCGGAAGUGACCCCACUCCCGGACAAGGCUGUCAACAAGUCGGACCAGGAGCUCCAGGACCAAAUUGUGGCUCUGCGAUCGACCUCGAAGGAGUUUGUAUCGCUCCUCCAGAGCUUAAAGUUGCCUGCGCCCGUCUUGACGCAGUUGCAAAAGUUUCUCGAUAAUGUAACGGUAAUGCCCGGUCAGGUCGUCGAUUUGUUGAUGAGCACCAUCGAGUCCUCUCUCGACGAGAAGGUCAUGAUCCUUGAGGCUGUUGAUUUGAAGGAUCGCAUCUCCAAGGCUAUCGAACUUCUCACCCGUCAAAUUCAUGUGCUCAAAAUCUCACAAAAGGUCCACGAUAACGUCGAAGGAAAACUCAAUAAGAAGCAGCGCGAGUUCUAUCUCCGCCAACAGAUGGCGGCUAUCAAGGAGGAGUUGGGUGAAAAGGAUGCUGGAGAGGACGAUGAGAUGACCCAGAUCGAGAGCAGACUCGCUGCAGUCAACCUCCCAGCCGAUGUGCAGAAGGCAGCCGAUCGGGAGUUGAAGCGUCUGAAGAAGAUGCAGCCUUCGUCGUCAGAGUACUCUGUGAUCCGAAACUACUUGGACUGGCUGGCAGACUUACCCUGGGCAAAGUCGAGCGAGGAUAUCUUGGAUGUUGAGAAGGCCAGGAAGCAAUUGAACGACGAUCACCAUGGACUCGAAAAGGUCAAGCGCAGGAUCUUGGAGUACCUCGCUGUUACAAAGUUACAGCAGCUCAAGGGAGAUGUCCGUGGCCCUAUCCUCUGCCUCGUCGGACCCCCAGGGGUUGGCAAAACUUCUCUUGGCCGUUCAAUUGCUUCAGCCAUGGGCCGCAAAUUCCAUCGCAUUUCCUUGGGAGGAGUCUGGGACGAGUCCGAGAUCAGAGGCCAUCGCCGUACAUAUGUCGGUGCUCUGCCCGGUCUCAUUAUCCACGGCUUGAAAAAGUGCGAAGUUAACAACCCAGUGUUUUUACUUGAUGAGAUUGACAAGGUCGGAUCGAGAGGUCAUCAUGGUGAUCCUUCCGCUGCGUUCCUGGAGGUUUUGGACCCUGAACAGAACAACAGCUUUACCGAUCACUACUUGAACGUGCCGUUCGAUCUCUCCAAGAUCCUGUUCAUCGCAACCGCAAACUCGUUGGACACAAUCCCAGCACCAUUGCUCGACAGAAUGGAGACCAUCACCAUUCCUGGAUAUACCUAUGCUGAGAAGCUUGCGAUUGCGACCAACCACUUGUUGCCCAAGCAGAUCCGCCAGCACGGCCUGGGUGAGACCGAUGUUCAAGUUACGCAAGAUGCCCUCUUGAAGGUCGCCACCGGUUACACUCGCGAGAGUGGUGUCCGUCAUUUGGAGCGUGAGAUCGGCUCCCUUGUCCGUGCCAAGGCUGUCGAGUACGCCGAGAUCCAGGAAAAGAAGGAGGCUGGCCAGAGUGUUUUGACUGAAUACCAGCCCCUAGUCUCCUUGGACGAUGUGGAAGAGAUUCUCGGUCAAGAGAAGUUUGUGAACGAAGUGACAGAACGCGUCGCGGUGCCUGGCGUCGUGACUGGCAUGGCGUACAACGGAGUUGGUGGCGGAAUUUUGUUUAUUGAGGUCUCACAGAUGCCUGGCAAGGGUAACCUUCAGCUGACAGGUAGUCUGGGCGAUGUCAUCAAGGAGAGUGCCCAGAUUGCACUGAGCUGGGUUAAGAGCCACGGCUACGAGAUCGGUCUCACCAACAGCCCCGGACAGAAUGUGAUGGAGAAGGCCGAUGUUCAUAUCCACAUGCCCGGCGGAGGCACUCCUAAGGAUGGACCCUCGGCUGGUAUUGCUAUGGUGUGCGCAUUGGUGUCGAUGUUCUCCAACCGGACGGUCCCAAGCACGACGGCCAUGACGGGCGAGUUUACGCUCCGUGGACUGGUAAUGCCUGUGGGCGGUAUCAAGGAGAAGGUGAUUGCCGCUCACCGAGCUGGUGUCCGCAAGAUUAUUAUGCCACUCCGCAACCAAAAGGAUGUGACUUCGGAUGUCCCUGUUAAUGUCCGCGAGGAUAUUGAGUUCUUCUAUGCAUCGACCAUCGGGGAAGUCCUCCGAGAAGCCUUUGAGGGCCGCCUGAUGGUUCGCAGUUCUGCCAGCACCGUGAUCGACAGCAGGAUGUAA